ACCGACGCUCUGCACCGGUUUCUUUGGCAUCCUGCUUGCAUGUGCGAGCCAAGGGAAGGCAGCUCUCCCAAGAGACGCUCUAAACUGUCUCUUUCACAGUUUUCUUUUUUUUUCUCUCUCCCGUCUGUCCCUGUGAGGCUCGCUCUUAAGCGUGCAUGAAGACGCUUCCCACUUUUAGUAGAAGCGAGAGAUUCUAAUUUUCUUGCCCUGCCUAAUGAGCUUACCCUUUGCUGAGCAGCUUUCUGCGCUGCAGCUCGUUGUCGUAGAGGGUGCUGCUCGGUGGGAGGGGAAUCAGGAAAACAGGGGAGCGGGUCUGAGAAGAGGCAGAGCCCCUCUGUUUGUCUACCAGGACCACCUCUGCCUGAGCCAGGACUGCGGCUUGGACGUAAUCUCCCCCCUCUGUCCCUCUUUCUCUCUUCUCUCUUCCUCUCUCACUACCUGACUUCCACCCUCCUUCUCCCUCACCGCCUGUCCUGAACACUGACAAAGUACUUUUGUAGCUGCAUCACCUCUCUGCUCCUCUCCUUUCUCUUCUGUUCCUUCUCUUUCACUUCUUUGUGUCCCUGGACUUUUGUUGCGAAAAUGUACCGGAAUCCCUGGAUCUCAAAUUACCUGACUCAUGUGAAGUUUUGCAGCCAAGAACUCGGGAGUGAGACCCCCGUUAAAGCCAGCAAUCCCAGGCUUCUACAGAAGAGAGCGCUGAGCUUCCCGAAGGAAUUUUCCUACGAGGAAAAAGACGAUCCGGCCAAAAGCACCAAGGAUAUAGAUGUUAGUCUCCCCAAAGUGUCUGAGUUAAGGAAACGUUUUGAAGGCAUUACCACAAGUACAAGUGACUGGGAAAUGAACAGAAAGGAACGCAUCGCUCGAAGACUGGAGGGCAUUGACGGGGAAGUUCAUCAGUCCCUGCUGCCCAACUUGGUGGCCAAUCGGCUUCUGGAAGAAGACAUGCCACGUUACACCAGGGCGUCCGACCUCUGCGAGUCUCAUGCUGUAACAGUUCAGCGGUACGGCAUGGAACGCUUUGAGAACCCAGACCAGCCUGUGAAGUUUCCCGAUCGAGAGUCCAGAGGUCAGUUCAGACCCGACACUCAGUCCUCCAUGCACACCGAGCCAGUUCACAGUUCACUACCUACCACUGCUGCCCCAGAGCAGGAGUCUAAAGCUGCACGCAUUGCCCGCUACAAGGCAGAGCGCCGCAGGCAACUGGCCGAACGCUACGGCAUCUCCUUGGAUCAGGACCUUGACCCGGAUUAUGCGUCACGCUACACCCGCAUACGGAAAGAAUCCGAUGGCUCAGAGAGCCGCAAAAGAGGAGAACCUUUAAGGGAUGAAGGCAGGGAUGCCAACCUGAGCGUCUACAGUGGUGCUGUGGUCGGUAGCCCGAAGCCAGGCAGCUAUGCGACACCCCAGAGACACCCCGACCCGGUCUACGACGUGGCUCACACCAGGGUGGACUCGUUCUCCGAGCGGGAGCGGCUGAUGAAUCUGGAGAACCAACGCCGAGCCGUUCCGCCCGAGUCCACCACUUCGUACAUGGAUGUAACGUCAUCGUUCUCUGCCAGGAUGCCUGCUAAAGACCCUGUGGCAUCGCUGCCACCCAGCUCACCAAAGAUGAGCAGGCAUUCCUCACUUUCCUCACCCAAACAUGCCGCAUUUCCUGGGGAUAUGUUCAUCGAGCAGCAGGCACACAGCAUCCUCAGCAGGCAGGGUUCGGGAGUGGCCUUUAGCGCUGAUUGGUUCCUCCAGACUGAUGCUGAGGGUGACACCCACACCCUCAUCAACUGGCCUUCAAGAAUAAAAGUUAGGGAGAGGCUUGCCAGAGAGGAUGGGCACCAGAGAAAUCCAGAGCCGGAAAAGUUCACAGACAUCUCUGGAUACCACAGACAGCUUCAGCACCGACCCCAGACUUCUGCUCCAAGCCGCUACCACGGAGAGCCAGCAGGCCCCCAGCAGACCUACUUCCACUCCUAUCACGAUCCUCAAGGUCAUUUCAGCAGAUCUAGUCACAAAGGAGGAGAGGAUAUUGGUGGUUACCCAAGUUACCUGUCUAUGACCUCUGGUCCAACGAUCAGAGCCGAGCAGGACCAAGAAAAGUGGACCGUUCCUGAUGAGACUGAGGAAACGGAAGGGGUGAAAACGGAGGGUCUCCUGAGGAGCAGGAAAGCUGUCUUGCCUUCAGAGAUCCGUCGUAGGGAGAGAAGUAUGGAGGACCCACAGAGAGGAAGAAGUGAGGAGGAAAUGGGAAUGUACAGCCUCAGCCAGGCUCGGGAUGCUGCUCUAGAGGAGCACCCAAGAUCUGGACUAACGGGCAGAGCCAGAACAGAGAAAUCUGAGCACAGCGCCUCUCUGCACCCAACAGAGUGGAGACCUCGAGGGCAAGAAACUGUCAUUUAUGUUCACAAAGUACCGACGGCAACCCACAUCCAUCCCCAUGUAAUCCAAAGCAUCCCCACCUCCAGGACUGCUGUCAACCACUUGGUGUCAGAUGUUAGUUCAAGUCAAAGGAGCACUCAGCUGCAAGACUUCAGAGAAGUCCAAGAAUGUGAUGGUGUUGGGACCAGAGAGAGUCAACAGGACCAUCGGGUGUCUGUGGCCAAGCUCAGGAACUCGUACAUGGAGAGCACCACCACGCCUCCAAGCAGGCGCAGGAACGACCUUGAUCUUAAGAAUCCGAGUGAACAUGGAGUCUACCAGGCACCCUGGAGAGGUGCUAGGGAAAGGGGGCACCAGCCUCUGCUCUAUAUCUGUCCCGGGGAGAGUCGAAAGACCUCAGAAAGGUUUAGGACUCAGCCUGUCACUUCUGCUGAACGGCAGGAAACUCAUAGGUCCUGUGUGAGCUCAGACUUUGCCUCCACAGAAGCUGAUGAUGAAAAGCUGGACGAUCGAGCCAAACUGAGCGUGGCAGCGAAGCGCUCUCUUUUCAGGGAACUGGAAAAGAACAUUGAUGGAGGAAUUCCCAAACCGCGCUCCAGGAAUGCAGCAGUGGACAGAAGACUGAGGCGGACACAGGACCGAUCCAGGACUCAGCCGGUCACCACAGAGGAAGUAGUCAUAGCAGCUACUGCCCCCUCUCAGACUGACCCGACAUCUCUAGUGUGUGCUGAUAGCUACACCCUAGUUUGCAGCAAUACCCUCCCCUCUCACAGCCUGCAGGCGUCCCUCCAGCAGAGCUCCGCAGCCCGGCACCGAGCGCCGGCUUCUCAGGAGGCCCGAGGCUCAAAGCAGGCGUCUGUGAUGGAAGGAAGAGUCGAGACGGCGGGUCAACACCCCGAGGAGCCGGACGUCUGCACCCUCAGCCUGGCGGAGAAGAUGGCGCUGUUCAACCGACUCGCUCAGCCGGCGAGCAGAGUCACCCGAACCCGAGGAGACAGCCGCCAGCGCCGAGCCAACGCUCGCUACCAGACGCAGCCCAUCACCGUGGGAGAUAUGGAACAGGAGCUCUCAGAUUCAGACAACAUAGACGAUGAACAGGAUCUGUGUGACAGCCCAGUUGAACAACUCCAACUUCAGAACGGUGCAGGAGCUCUGUACGGAGCCACUUCGGCCUCCUCUGCUCCCAGACUCGGAGCCACCGUCUCCUCGGACCACGCCGGAGACAUCCACAUAGCGAGCGCCGCCGUCCGUGCCGAGCCCAACCCAGACGCCUCGGACCUCCGCAUGGACACGGAGCGACUCUCUGACCGGGGGAACGACGCGAUGGACCUGAAGGUGGGGAAGAGGAGGCUGCCCUCUCCCGAGACGGCGGUCAGGCAGGUGGCUCUGCCCCAGCCGCACACUGGGAGGGAGAGAUGGUGGGAGGAAGAAGAACAAGAGGAGGAGGAGGAGCAGUGCUGGCGUCCCAGAGGCAGGGACAGCUCAGAGAGCCACACGUUCCAGGAGAGAGAAGAGCAGAGGCGGCAUCCAAGAGAGGAAGGACGACAUGCAGACAGCCACAGGAUCAGAGCCAUCAGUGGAGAGCUCCCAGACUCCACCGCAGUAACAUCCAGAGAUGCAUUCGGAUCGGCCAUAGCCGAGCCUCAGCCCCCAGCAGGGGACCAGUCGGUCGGCCCGGUCCAGCUUGAUCCAGAGGAAGAGAUGACCGACGUGACGAUUGGCCGACACAUGUCCAUUAGAGAGAGAGUCGCCUUGUUAAAGAAGAGCGGUGAGAAAGACUGGAGGAACAGGAUCAAUAAGAAGCAGGAUGUGGCGACGGUUGCCGAGGGCGAGCAGCAAGCUCAGCUCUGGGAGGCGGAGCAGAGCUUCGGGAAGAAGGACGAUGAUUCUCUGAUGAUGACUGAGGAUGUUUCUGUAUCCAAUCCGUUUCUGGAGCCUGUCCAUCCUGCUGCUUCCUCUCCUCCUCCUGAUCCUCCUUUCCAUACUUCCCUUGACGACACGGCCAGCCAGGCCACCAGAUCACCCAGACCCUUGCAGGUGGAUGACAGACACCCAUGGAGAAGGAAGAGAACAGCGGAAGCUGAGAUGGAGAGCCAGAGCCUGGAGGCUCACAUGUCCAUCCAGGAGAGGAAGCAGCUGAUUGAGGCGCGGGAGGAGGCCUGGAAGACCAAAGGUCACGGAGCUGCCAAUGACUCCACCCAGUUCACUGUGGCUGCACGGAUGGUGAAGAAAGGGCUGGCCUCUCCCUCUGCUCUCCACUCUCCCCUCCACUCCAAAUCAAAGAACAGUCUGGCUGUCUCCAAACCGCAGGAAGCGAUUAAGGCUGUUCCAGAUCUGAACCUGGAAUCGGACGUAAAGCUAGAGAAGCUCGAGUCGUUCCUUGGAAAGAUCAACAGUAAAGUGCCUGGCCUGCCAGAGGCGACCGUCUCUGUGACUGAGAAGAAAGUGAAGGAAGUGAUGACCCUGGAAGACGAAGCUUUUUCCAAGUUCUACCGCCACAUGGACGAACAUCCUGGCAGCACCAACAGGGUGGAGAUAGACGACGACUUCGAUGCCAUUUUUGACCCCGAGGUGCCAAAAUUGACUUCGGCGAUGGUGCAGCACAAGAGGGCGAUGCGGCCGAACCGCAACGUUCAGUCGUCGAGGAACCCGCUGAAGAAGCUGGCAGCCAGAGAGGACAUCAGACACGAGUACACAGAGCAGAGACUCAACAUCGGCCUGCUGGAGAGCAAAAGGAUGAAGGUGGAGAAGAUGAACAAGAACUCUGGCUUUUCUGAAGUGGCUCUGGCCGGUUUGGCGAGCAAGGAGAACUUCAGCAGCGUCAACCUGCGCAGUGUCGGCGCCUCCGAGCAGACGUCCAACAACAGCGCCAUGCCGUACAAGAAGCUCAUGCUGCUUCAGGUCAAAGGCCGACGGCAUGUCCAGGUCCGCCUGGUGGAGCCCAGAGCUUCCUCUCUGAACAGCGGAGACUGCUUCUUGCUCGUCACCCCGCACCACUGCUUCGUCUGGAUCGGAGAGUUCGCCAAUGUCAUCGAGAAAAGCAAAGCGUCAGAAUUGGCCAACUUCAUCCAGACUAAGAGAGACCUGGGCUGCCGAGCAGACUACGUCCAGAUGAUAGACGAAGGCGCCGGCGCACACAGCCAUGCAGUCCAGGAGUUCUGGAAGUGUCUCGGAGGACAGUCGAGUUAUCAGUCAGCAGGAACUCCAGACGAAGACGAGCUGUAUGAAGCCGCCAUCGUGGAGACAAACUGCAUCUACCGCCUGAUGGGUGACAAGCUGGUCCCAGACGACGACUUCUGGGCCAGAAUGCCCCGCUGUACACUCCUCAACCCCAAAGAGGUUUUGGUGUUUGACUUUGGCAGUGAGAUGUAUAUCUGGCAUGGGAAGGAAGUGACUCUGACGCAGAGGAAGGUUGCUUUCCAGCUGGCCAAGCAUCUCUGGAACGGCACCUUCGACUACACAAACUGUGACAUCAACCCACUGGACCCAGGAGAGUGUAACCCACUCAUUCCAAAAAAAGGCCAGGGCCGGCCCGACUGGGCAGUGUUUGGCCGCCUGACUCAACACAAUGAGACCACCCUGUUCAAGGAGAAGUUUCAGGACUGGAGUGAUUCCAGGAAGACGCCCAGUCCCAGCACAACAAACGAUGACAUCGCGGACCACAAGGAACAGCCUACUUCAGAUCACCCUCGUGCAUUCAACGCCUCCUUGAUGCUUUCCCUCCAUCAAGAGGCGGUCUGCACCAUUUUAGACGGGUUCAAUGUGGGGCGGGGCUACGGCCUGGUGGAGGCCGAGGAGUGGCGGAGCUACGAGAUCAGCACUCUGGCAGUGGAGGUGUGGCACAUCCUGGAGUUUGACUACAGCCGUUUGCCCCGCCAGAGCAUCGGCCAGUUCCACGAUGGCGACACCUACGUGGUCAAGUGGAAAUACAUGGUCAGCGCUGCCGUUGGGAAGAGACAGAAUCCAGAGCAGCAGAAGACCGCUGGAGCUGGGAAGGAGAAGUGCUGCUACUUCUUCUGGCAGGGCCGCAACUCCACCGUCAACGAGAAGGGAACGUCGGCGCUGAUGACGGUGGAGCUGGACGAGGAGCGGGGAGCGCAGGUUCAGGUCCUCCAGGGGAAGGAGCCGCCAUGUUUCCUUCAGUGUUUCAAAGGGGGAAUGAUUGUCCACUCAGGGAAAAGAGAAGAGGAGGAGGAAAGUUCACAAAAUGACUGGCGUCUUUACUGCGUACGGGGUGAGGUGGAGGUGGAGGGCCACCUGCUGGAGGUGGCUUGCCACUGCAGCAGUCUGCGUUCCAGAGUCUCCAUGGUUCUGCUGGGUGUCAGCCAGGCCCUCAUUUACUUGUGGCACGGCUGCAAAUCCCAGACACACACUCGGAAGGUGGCACGCGUCGCCGCCAACAGACUCAAAGAACAUUGUCCUCUGGAGACGGGGCUGCACAGCAGCAGCGGAGUGACGAUAUGGGAAUGUGACGAAGAAGCAGAGCCGGCGGGGUUCUGGGAAGCCCUGGGCAGGAGGGACAGGAAGGCCUACGACUGCAUGCUUCAUGAUCUCGGCAAGUUUAACUUCACGCCUGGUCUGUACCAGCUGAGCAGCAGCUCUGGAGAAUUUGCAGUCGUGGAGUUUCUGUACCCAGCCAGAGACCCGGAGCAGGUCAACUCCAUGCCGUUCCUUCAGGAGGAUCUCUACGGAGCCUCACAGCCAGCCCUGUUCCUGGUGGACAACCACCACGAGGUGUACCUGUGGCAGGGCUGGUGGCCUCAGGACAGCGAAAGCACCGGCUCGGCCCGAAUCCGCUGGGACUCUGACAGAAAGAGCGCCAUGGAGACGGUGCUGCAGUACUGCAGAGGGAAGAACGAGAAGAAGCCUCCAAAAGGCUACCUGAUCUACGCCGGUCUGGAGCCGCUCACCUUCACCAACAUGUUCCCCUGCUGGGAGCACCGGGAGGACGUGUCCGAGAUCACAGAGAGGGAGGCCGAGGUGUGUAACCAGAUCAUCCUGGUGGAAGACGUGUUGGCCCGCCUGUGUAAGACCACCUACCCGCUGGCUGAGGUCCUGGCCCGGCCGCUGCCCGACGGCGUCGACCCGCUGCACCUGGAAGUCUACCUGACUGACGAAGACUUUGAGGGUGCAGGGGCUCAUGGGAAGAGAGCCCUGGACAUGAGCAGGGAGGAGUACGGCGCUCUGCCCGGGUGGAAGCAGGUCAACCUGAAGAAAUCCAAAGGACUCUUCUGAUGGGUGACGUUCAGCCUUCUUUUUAUUUUAGUUUAUUUUUUCAACGUGGUUUCUACGCUCACGCAGCAGACGCUCGGGAGCAGCUCCUCCCGAGCCGAAGCGUAACCGCGGCGAUGCGGAGGAGAGGCACGUCAGCCUCUCACGCCGCUGAUCUCCAUCCUCUCUGCGCCCCGGUGGCUGUGCUGAGGGAGCGGAGCGGCGCGGGGUGCUGGGAUCUCUGUGUUAAUAGUGCUCCUUUAUAAUGACACUGUUAAUGACUGUACAUAUGUAGCAUAUGGAAAGCAGCCUGGGUCCUUCCACUGGCAGCCUUACAGCCAUCUGUUGGAGUGGAGGCAGGUCUGUCAGCCUGUUGGACACAUUCCACUUCAGACUCUGCUAGAUAUGGAUGUUUGUGCAUUACAAAUAUAUAUAUAUACAUAUAUAUAUAUUUAUAUUAAAACCACAGAGGAAUUAUAAAAAAAAAAUAAACAUUAGCUAUCAAAAUAAAAAAUAAAAUGUACAUUAUUGCUGCAAAUCUUUGUGUCAUAUGUGUGUAAGUUAAGGUCACCUUCUACUAACCCGACGAAUCGGCUUUGAAUGGAGCAUUUUUAUCCCGGAGGACAAGAACUUUGGUUCCAGACGGCAGCCUGACUGUGACUUCAGUGGACAGUGCCUUGCUCCAUGUACAGUUUAUACACAUCCUGUUCUGGAUUUUCAACAUUGUUUGUGAUGAGAACCAACCAAUAGAGAAAUAAAGAGAUGAAGUUUGAUAUCAA